AUGUCAUCAAUAAAGACUACCAAGUCCAUUUCCGAUCCCACAAUAAUCGUUCUGUGUUCCAUUCUAGCUGAUGAAAUUAAUGUUCUGCAGUUCGAAGUAAUACUUAGUGUGGUCGAUAUUCCCACGCAAGUGCCGCCGCUGACGCCUGGCACGAACAAAACUAUGGCAGAGGCGCUCAAAGCGUCUUUCGCCUCUUGGGAAAAAGAACAAAUACGAUUAAAUAUUACCAAAGAUCCACGCCAGUGGAGUGAAAAUCACGUAGCUCAUUGGUUACAAUGGGCUGCUAAAGAAUUUUCUUUAGACUGUAUACCCCUAAAUCAAUUUAGGAUGAAGGGCAAAGACAUUUGUGCGAUGGGCAAAGAUGCGUUUUCCGCAAGAGCCCCUGCAUUUGUUGGCGAUAUCUUAUGGGAACAUCUAGAGCUACUUCAAAAAGAUGUUGAAAAAGAACGAGCUCUCAAUAGCCUCUAUGAACCGAUUUGUGUUCCAGAACUGACGUAUAUUGAUUACACUCAAUCUCCGACUGCCCUAUCUGCGACAGAAGAUAGAAAACCAAUUACUAUACAUUCUCCUCCACCUCAGAACAAUAACACACCUCCGAACAAUAACAAUUUCUUACAUGAAGCACGAGCCGUGUCAGUCGAAGAAUUUUGA